UUAAAAGUAAAUCUUAACAUGCUGAUUUCAGAAACAAUUGUUUAAUAUUGUUUCAAAAUUAUUGAUACUGAGCAGAGUUCUGCUUGAUCGAAUGCAUCACAUACAUUUGUUAUUUCCCAAAAGAUACAGAUGUUUAGCAUUACCCAACUUAUCUAAAAUACCACUUUUUUGCCUCUAAAAGUUGUUCUUUUGAAAAGCUUAUGGGACUUACACUCUCCUUGGCUCUGUGUGCUUGUAUCUGUUGUUCCCUCUCAAACUGGGGAGGAGGGGUUAGAAUUUACCAUUCUUUGAAUAAUUAUUUCCCACUUUCUGGCCUUUUAACAAUGGGUGGUGGUUGACUUACUCAUCUGUGUAGGAUGAACGUUAAAGCUUUCAUAGUUUGCUUUUAUUCUCUGUCCUUGAUGGCUUGUCAUAAAGUAAACAUCCUUGUUCUGGAGAAGGCAGUUUGGAUCUGGUGGGUGAGUGUCCAAAUCAGUGAAGGUAUAUACAUAGAAUGGAAAACCUACUUUUGGAAGAACUUGUCUAACCUGUCUUAAGUUUAGACCUUCUUUGGAAUACUGUGAUAGUUUCCUGAAGAUGUCUGAGAUGUGUAGGACUGUUUACCCUUGGAGCUGAAUUUGACUUGGAAAAAAUUGCAAGAGCCUUUGUUAGAAUUGGGAGAGGAAGUUUCAAAGGCACUAUCCUGAUACCGAACUCAGUGCCCUAUUGGCAUUUGUUAGCCGCUCCAUAUGCAGUCUUCCCCCUCCCUUCCCUUUCCCUGCCAGAUUCAUGUUUCUUAUGACUGUACUAGCUCCACAUUAAGUCCAGAACCACUGCUGAGAAGCAAGCUCUACCAACUUGCCCUUGUUCCAUCAGAGCCUGUCAAUUGAGGGGAAGAGAUGGCUUGGAGGGGUUUGGGUGUGUGCAGGCUCAGCACUGCUCAAAUUCUGUCAUGUGCUUAGAACCCCUCCAAGCUGUUUAUUUCUACUACUUGCUGGGCUUGAGCCUAGGUGAAGUGGAAGAAAGUGGUGGGGCAGGUUUCUUGCUUUUGUUCUGGGCUGACAGGGAGGCAACAUAGACAGCACCACUGCAAUGCCUAAUCUUCAUAGAUGUUGCCUAGUGGUUUCAUAAAAAUAAAAGCUCCUGGUUACUCGUACAGGAAGCCUGUUCUGAUAGAAAGUUACUGCCUAGAUACCUUGACAGAGAUAGAACGUUGUGGAAAUAGGACACACUUACUACAGGGUAAAUUAUCUUUCUUCCAUAGUUAAAGUGGAUAUGUGCAUAUUGCAGGAAGCCAGCCCUGGUGAAUUAGUUAUGUGCCUGCUCCUUAAUGUGGAAUAAGAACCAGGUAAAUUACUUUGUACUAAUCAUGCUGUGUAUCUGCACCCAAAGUCUGGGGAAAAAUCUGUUUUAAAGUAUAGUCUAAAUAUAAAGACAGAGUGGGGAAAAGAAGUGGAAAUAAAUUGACCAGACUAAGAUCAUACAACUAAGAUUAGAAUGUAGGGCUAUGUCUACACGUGCACUUUGGUGCGCAUUAGCUUAUCUUAAUGUACCUUAAAGUGUCACAAACCAUGCACUUUCACUAAUGCACGUUAAAAUAGGCUAAUGCAUCUUUUUCUAGUACAGAGGAUGGCAACGUUUUUGGGCAGAGUACCAAAAAUACCAGCAGCCUUGACUCCUAAAAUGUUGGCGUGCCAGGGGCAGAUGGCAGGAAAGCUACGAGGGGCCUGAUCCUUGUUGUGGCAAAGUUCCGGCCCCUUACCCAGCCACACGUGCGGUGUUCUAGUACCUCACAAUGGAGGUACUAAAUUUUAAUGUGCAUUAAUGAACACGUAGACAUGCCCAAGGUCUUUUGCUUACUAAUUUAAAGCACUUACAACUUUCCUGACUGUUGGGGGUAGGGUUUAGGAAGGACUGCUCUUGUCUCCUACCAUGUCUUGGGUAGAGAAUGAGCUAUUGGUUUGCUAUUCCCUGUCCCAUUGCCUUCCCUUUUCAUUGUCCCACAUGAUCCUAGCCUGCCUUUACUGUCCUCAGCAGCAGAGUGAAACUGACAGGUUUCUCAUGUUUCAUUCUUCUGCUAUUCCUGAGGACCUGCUCUGUCCAGAAAUGCUGUCUUCUGGGAAUUCUAAGGUAAGGUCAUGGUUAAACAUUUCUUUCUCUUCCUCGUGCUCUGCCUCAAAACCCCAUGCCUCCUGCUCAUGUUUCCACACUUAAUAGGUCCUCAGAAAGGAGUUCCAGAAUGAAACGCUUUGCUGGUAAAAAUAAAAUUAAAAAAAAAAAAAAUGGGGGGGAUAUUUUUAUGCAAGGCUUGCUUGCCUGAGCAGCUUUUACAAUGUCCGUUGGAAAAAUGUGUCAGGUCAUCUAGUUCAUCCUGCCAGACCAUGCCAGAGGAGUUGCUCUCUACAUUAUUUUGUCCUUCUGCACCUGUGUCAAGAUUUACAUUGGGAUACUCAGUUCCAAAUUCAGUUAGAUUUUUGUGCUGCUAGUUGUUACAGAUUCAGCCAUACAAUUGUUAAUUUAUCAUGAAAGUCCAGUAAUGUUUAGCACCAGGAGUGUUCCUGAUUUGCUGAUUUUUAUGAAUGUUGUCUCCACCCUUUAUUUACUUGUAUACCGUAAGUAUUGGGAGUUACAAUUAUAUGCCCACCAUUUCUUUUAAAUUUGAGUACUACUCCUGCACACUAAAUACUGGGUAAAAGAAAGAUCAUUUUCUAUUGAUUUUUCACAGUAAAGUAGAGAAAAAUAGAUUUUCUUUACAUGUCUUGUCUGCGUGUGAUAAUUAGUAAUGUGUUUUAGUCGGCUUCAUUAUCUCAUUAAUAUAAUCAGUUUUCCUAUCAUUCAUACGUACAAAAGAAGAAAUUUUUAAAAGUUAUUUUAAAACCCUUGCAAUUGUCAGCACUUCGUACUCCCUGAAUCCUGACUUUUGUCUUCAGGUUGAAAGUCUUGCUUUGAAGAAGCUUUGUUUUUCUCACCCACCAUUCAUCUUGAGCUCCUCUGCUCAUUGUCAUCCUAAAUGAGUGGGACAUUUUUGUUACUCAUUGCCAGACUCCAUUCUUCCUCAGUGCCUUAAAUCCAUCCUUAGGUAUUUUUGAUUGUUGGAGCAUUUGUUGCUGCAGACAGGAGGGUUACAGGAGGGGAUGGGAAAGCUGGGAUGAGAUUUCUGGCUCCACCUUUCUUUAUUUCUCUAGUCCACUUGUUCUCAAGCUUUUUGGAGUCAGUACACCUCUCCACAAGUUUUUUUUGAAUGAGGCAGCCUCUCUGGUUGAGAACCACUGGGCUCAGCUUACCUCAUUGGUUUGCAACUGGGUGCUGCUGCUGCCUCCAGGUAAAACUGCCCUGCAUGCCUGCUGCACAGCUAGACAGAAAGGGUCUGUGGCACGUGCAUGGACACUAGGGCUCUUUGAUAAGCCCAAAGCAGACAGGAGAGCAAGGUUGCGUCCCAGCCCUUCCUUGUCUGAACCUACUCUGUCUCUCCCAGAAGCGGAGGCAUACAGGACAAUUGGAACUGUCCCACAUGCCUCUGUUUCUGGGAGGAGCAGGGACCAGCCUGGGAAGAGCUGCAACUUGAGACAGCUCUCCUGCCUGCUUUAGGCUUGUCAGAGAGCCCUAAUGCAGGAGUGCACAGGGCAGUUGAACCUAGCUGCUGUUGGAACAGAUAGGCAGGUUGGUUAAGAACCACUGCUCUAGUCAGUGAGGUCAGUACAUGGGUACAGGAAAAAGCUUAGGAAGCUGUUUCCUUUCUUACCCAUCCAUCUAAAAUAUGGUUCUAAUGCUGUGAGAACAAGUUGUAAAUUCCACUGUUUAGAGGUCAAGCAUCAGAGGUAAAGAGUUGCAGGGACAAAUUUUUGAGGCAGCCACUUAAUUGUAUCCUAUUCAUUGUUUUACUAUUACAAAUAUUUUUUUGCAUUGUGCUGUUUCUUGAACAGAUAAAAUAGAGAAAUUUGAUGCAUCUCAUUGAAAAUAUUUUUCCUUUCUGUGCGCUUUUAAAAUAAGGCAUUUUUCCAUGUAUUCUGAAUUGGGUUCAUAGUUUGAAAGGAUCCAGUUUACUGGAACUUGCUGAUCCAUGUAACCACAAAGUACAGUUCUAUAACAAGUCUGCCCUUGAAUGGUGAGCUUUUACUGCAGGAUAUGGGGAAACUGACGGCUUUGGAAAUCCCCAAAUUUGAUCCAUUUAAAGUACAGAAUAAUCUUGUGAUUUUUUUUUUAAUUGAAUUUCCUUCAGAUUAGCAAUUAUAAUCAAUUUUCAUUACACAUUGUUUUAUUUUAAAGGGGGAAAUCUUGAAGGGAAAUAUUUUUAUUCUGCUAUUCCAAGGGUUUAUAAAUUAUUGGUGCUUUUCUAAUUAAUUAGAAUAUCUUGAGUGUCCUUUUUAAUGUAAAUUUGUAUUUAAAUGUGGUCUAUCUGAUAUUCCAUCUCUACUUGCCUUACGUGCCCUUUGGAAAUACCAUUUUCACUCUGUUUUGGCUGGGCUUGGGUGGGAUUCACUCUCUUUCAGCGACAUGGGUACUGUUCCUUGUUAUCUGUUUUCCCUGAGGUCCUGGUAAUAUUUCUUGCCCUAGAUUCCUUUACUAGGCCCCAAGCCUUGCUUCUCCUACUUAGCCUAAGGGUUUUCCCCCUCAUCAUCCUUCUUAGCUAGUUCACACUGAACUUCAAGCUUUUGACCCUCUAGCUGCUUGCUUACUCCUUGGAUUUUGUCUGGGCUCUAGUUGUAUCCCAUCAGUAUCCCACCUUUUCUUCAGGCCUAGUUCCUGCCUUUGCUUGUGUUCAGAGGUACCUCUUGUACUCCUACAGUUCCAGAUUUUUCUCUCUUGCAUUUCUGAAGCACUAGUUUUUCUAUCUGUGCUUUGACACUGGCUUCAUUUGUACUUACAUUUUCUUUGCUGAGGGCCAAUUGCUCCCUCCUGCAUGGGGUGGGGGGAACUGAGGUUGUUCCCUUUCUGCAAAAUUGGACCUUCCUCCUUCAAGCUUUCUGACUAAAGCUGUCUUGAAAGGGUAGAUCCUGCUUUUGAUGUAAUACUAGGAAGGGCUGGCAUGGGCAUCAUAAUUCAGGAAUGACAUUGAAUUCAGCCCUGUUUACAUAAUUAUUUCAAAGAGAUGCCUAAUGGCUCAGAUGGGGUUUCAACAGUAGUAAAGGGAAAAGACAUUUGUGCUGCAAGACUAAUUUGCAAGUGACGUUUAUUUGGCUAUAAUACAUAUUUGUGGCUACCGCGGAUGUUAGCUGGGAGUAUAUAUCUUCGUUUGAAGGUUGAUUUGUUUAAAAACCAAUGUGGAACUGGAAUUUGCCUUGUGUGGAAAUAAGCAAUCCAAUAUAAUGAGUUAAAGAUUAUCUCACUGAAAGGAUGGAAGAUAACACAGAGCAAGUGAAAUCAGUAGAGGCCUGUGUUAGUUCUGGUAUUACAAGGCUGGCUGCUGCUAGUUUGAGAAGGGUUGAAAGUAAGUACCUUUUGAACUAAGAAUCUUGUUAGGGACAUUAAUGUUUUCUUUAUUUUUCCUAUUUUGCUUACUGCUAGUUCUGGAUUUUUGUUUUGAUAAUUAUUGCUGCAAGUCUCGUUCUCAUUUUUUUUUAUGCCUGUAAGCUAUUUAACCUAUAAUCUUGUUAGUUUUGUAUAUGAACAUAUUUACAUUUGUUCUUUUAUGUUGUGCUUUUUUUCCCUUAGUAAUUGGGAGGAGGGGAAAAAUCUUUCUAACCUGACUUCUGAAAUAUCUUAAGUGAACUCAAACUUGGAAUAUUAUACAAGAGGAACAAGGGUUAAUUUGGUGACUGCAACUCUUAAUUUGUGUUACUACUGUCCAAAGGAGGGACUCCCUGUCCUCAUGUUGCAUUUGGUUGCUAAGUUAUUUAUUAAUCACAGCCCAGCUUGCUAUAUUAUGUAUAGCAGGGGUUCCCAACCUUUUUAUGUUGAGGACCGGCAAGCCAUGGACCAGAAGUGACGGGCAUACUGCGGGCAGGUAACCAACCCUUUUUUAUAUUCAGUGUAAAAAAGGGUUGGCUGCUGGUCCGCAGUAUGCCAGUGACUUCCAGUUUGCGGUUUGCAAGUCCACAGCCGCUUCCAGUCGGGCAGCCAGCCCUCCUGCAGACCAGCAGCCAGCCCUUCACGGCCAGGGGGUUGGGAACCCCUGAUGUAUAGGGAGCAACUCAAAUCGUGAUAUCGCGCUUUUUGCAGAAACCAUGAUUUGAGGUGUUUUCUGCAGAAAGCAGAGUUCCGUGUGAUUUUUGGCAGAAUUGCCAGGGGAAGAAAAAACUUCCUGACAAUAAAACACUGGCUUCCUAGCAUGAGCCAGUACUCAUGGCUGCUGGCACACAGAAAGGGAGCCAAGAUGGCUGCCACCCUCUUCUCCCUCUGCCGCUGAUUGACUGAGAGGCCUGCCUAUUACAUGGCCUUGCCCUUCUCCACCAGUCAGUGGUGAGGGGUGGAACUGCAUGAAUGGCAGCUCUCUCAGCCAGUCAGCAGGGAGGAGCAGGGCUGCCGCCAGGGCCACUUGACCAGUUAGCAUUGUGGGGAAGGCCUUGCUGCAAAAAAGCAUGAAAAUGGUGACAAGCGCUGUGAUCAGUCUGCGAAAUUGCUUGCCUGUCUCCUUGAUUUCAGUAGGUUUCUAAUUAUGUAGCCCACAGAUUCUCUACCAUACUCACAUCGUACACUCACAUCGUACACUCUCUUACUAUGUAUUUGUGGUAUUUUGGGAUCUGUAGGCUUUUUAAUUAAAAGAGUCGUGUCUGUUUCAAACUUUUGUCUAUAGUAAGCAACAGAUUAAGUAGCAAAAAGAGUCUGCAGAAAGGAGGAGCAACAAACAUUCACUUUAAUGGACCGGAGGGCCUUGAAGUAGAUUAAAUAGACAAAAAGUAAAAGCUAAAGAGAGAGAAAGUGGUGGUUUCACUCUUCUUGGCUGGGAUUUCCCAAAUAAUUGAUAUAGUUUUUCUGUGGUAACGUGUGAUCCCUGUUGCAGGUGUGUUUGACAGAGGUAUUUACCAUAUAGGCUGCUAUGCUCUAUAUAUGAGAGGAAGAAUUGGAGAUGGAAUAUUGAUUGGCAGUCCCACUGAUGGUUAAAAGCUUGUGGUAAUACUUAUGCAUAAUCCUUUCUGGGACGCCAAAGAUGUAACUGGACUGUAGGAUCCACUAAAGUGGGGCUGUCCAGUUGGUGGACAUUGAGCCUUAUGGGUCUGAUGUGGCCGGUGGGCUCUUGUCCAGCUGCCACUCCCCUCGGUGUUUUUAAUUCAGCAACAAUUAGUGACUCUGAGCUCCCCCUCCCUCCCUGGAGGCUGCUACUGGGCCCCACUCCCAUUCAUGGGGGCUGGGGCAGCGCAAUGCCGGUCGGUGCUCGUGCUGUGCGUUUGGUGGGGCAGGGGUCUGGGCUGCUCGAUGCAUGUGUGAGGGUGGAGAGCUGAACUGCUGGGCUGCACAUGGGGUAACCUGUCCCCCUUCUUUUCUGCACAGGCAGCAGAGGUGGAAGCUGCCUGCACAGCAGGGAAGCUGGUGUACCUGUUCUGCCUGUGCAGAAGUGGGGGGGGGGGCAGGUUAUUCUCACUGUGCGUGUGGCAAGGGAAGGAGUUGAGUUGAUUGUGCAGCACAUGGCACUGGGGGUAGGGGCAGGGGUUGCCCACUCUGUGCACAUAGCUGGGAUCAGGGUGAGACUGCACAUAGCGGGGGGAGGGGGGGGAGAGUUGUUCACAUGGCAUGGAGCCCCCUUUGCAGUCCACACAGUGUGUGGCUUCCAGCUACAUUAGAGUAGUCUUGCUUCAGUAAACUGGUUAAUUAACUCUUAAGUUUAUUCCCUUGCUUUCAAAUCAUUUCCACAAAAUAGUUCCUUGUGUGAUGUGAAAUACAAAUACCACUUUCUGGCCACACUGUUUUCAGUAGCUACUAAAUUCACACAUUGGACACAAGUUGUUUAAUUUCUAUCAUAAUUUCAUUGUACAACUUCAGAUGUUGACUAGAAUGCCAAUAAUUGUUUUGUUCAAGUUAGAUUCUUGACUUUUAGGCCUCCUGAGAUUUACCAGCCUGGUUGCUUUUCAAUUGCCAGGAAGUUUUGAGAAAUCUUGUCUCUUCAUUUGUUUGCUUAUAUUUCAGUGUGUAAUGUUUAUCUUAUUUUCUCUGUUAAGCUCUUUUCACUCAUGGAAAUGAAACCACCUAUUUCCCGAGCAAAGAUGAUUCUCAUUACUAAAGCUGCCAUUAAAGCUAUUAAGCUCUACAAGCAUGUAGUUCAGAUUGUAGAGAAAUUUAUCAAAAAGUGCAAACCAGAAUACAAAGUUCCUGGAUUGUACGUUAUUGACUCUAUUGUUCGUCAGUCUCGUCACCAGUUUGGAACAGAUAAGGAUGUUUUUGGGCCAAGAUUCUCUAAAAAUAUAACCGCCACAUUCCAGUAUUUAUACCUCUGUCCAUCUGAAGACAAGAGUAAGAUAGUUCGUGUUCUGAACCUUUGGCAGAAAAAUGGAGUGUUUAAAAUAGAGAUCAUUCAGCCUCUUCUGGAUAUGGCAGCAGGAACUAGUAGUACAGCCCCAGUGGCAGAAAAUACCUCUAAUAAUGAAGGUUCACCACCCCCUCCAGCAAAGGUUCCCUCUGAGCCACCUCAGGUUACUGCUAAUUCAGUACCUACUGUGCCACAGUUGCCCAGUUCUGAUGCCUUUGCUGCUGUAGCCCAGUUGUUUCAGACAACUCAAGGACAGCAGCUUCAGCAGAUUCUUCAGACUUUUCAGCAACCUCCAAAACCCCAGUCUCCAGUCAUAGACAAUACUGUCAUGGCACAUGUUCAGGCUAUUACUGCUCAGUUGAAAACUACAGCAACGCAACCACCAGAGCAAAAAGCUGCUUUUCCCCCACCUGAGCAAAAAACAUCUUUUGAUAAGAAGCUGCUAGAUCGUUUUGACUAUGACGAUGAACCGGAAGCAGUGGAUGACUCAAAAAAAGAAGAUACAGCACCUUCUCCUUCCAUUUCCCAACCAGCCUUUGGAUUUCCAGGAGAAGGUAUGCCACCACCAGUAUAUCCACAACUCCCAAAUAUAGAUCCAUUUCAACAGCGAAUGAUGGGAAUGCAACAGGAUCCAAUACGCCACCAGGUUCCACUUCCUCCCAAUGGACAAAUGCCAAGUUUUGGACUUCUACCUACACCACAGUUUCCUCCUAUGGCUCAGCCUGUAAUACCCCCAACACCACCUGUGCAGCAAACUUUUCAGACUCCUUUUCCAGUACAAAGCGAGCCACCACACAUGCAGAAAACACAUCAGCAGGAAAUGGAAGUGGAACAGCCCCCUGUUCAAGAAGGAAAGCGACAUGUUUCUGAUAACAGAAAGUCAAGAUCUAGAUCUGCUUCAAGAUCGCCCAAGAGAAGACGAUCAAGAUCUGGAUCUCGGUCUCGACGGUCACGUCAUCGUCGUUCUCGCUCCCGAUCUCGGGAUAGGCGCCGGCACUCUCCUAAGUCUCGAUCUCAGGAGAGACGUGAACGAGAGAGGGAGAGAGAACGCAGGUCAAAAGGCCUUCCUCAAAUCAAGCCAGAAACUGUUAGUGUUUGUAGUACUACACUUUGGGUAGGACAACUGGACAAAAGAACAACUCAACAAGAUGUUGGAAGUCUUUUGGAGGAGUUUGGCCCAAUUGAAUCUAUAAACAUGAUACCACCUAGAGGAUGUGCCUAUAUUGUAAUGGUUCACAGACAAGAUGCUUAUCGUGCCCUACAAAAAUUGAGCCGAGGCAACUUCAAAGUCAAUCAGAAAUCUAUAAAGAUCGCAUGGGCUUUAAAUAAAGGAAUUAAACCAGAUUAUAAACAGUAUUGGGAUGUAGAAUUAGGUGUUACCUAUAUUCCCUGGGACAAAGUUAAGCCUGAAGAUCUUGAAAGUUUCUGUGAAGGAGGAAUGUUGGAUAAUGAAACGCUUAGUCCAGAGUGGAAAGGAAUUCCCAAGAAAUCUGAGAAUGAAGUUGCUCAAAAUGGAGGUGCAGAAACCACACAUACUGAGCCAGUGUCACCAAUACCUAAAGCUUUACCUGUUCCAAUUCCUGUUCCCAUGCCUGCACCAAUAACCGUGCCUCCUCCACAGGUUCCGCCACACCCAUCCGGCCCUCCUGUAGUUGGUGCGCUCCAGCCACCUGCUUUCACUGCUCCAAUGGGAAUCCCACCUCCUGGAUUUGCCCCUGGGGUUCCUCCCCCACCACCACCUCCAUUUUUACGACCUGGAUUCAACCCAAUGCAUUUGCCACCAGGUUUUCUUCCUCCUGGGCCACCACCACCUAUAACCCCUCCAGUUUCUGUUCCUGUAUCUGUUCCUCACACUCCGCCUGUAAACAUCCCAAACUCUACUGCGACUGGUGUAAGUGAAGACACUACAAAGGAUGCAUCUGUUGGAAAUCCUAUUCCAACAGUGGUUUCUGGAUCUAGAGGAAAUUCUGAAACUAGUGACAGUUCCAAAAUGUAUGCAACUGUUCCUCCACCAGUAGCACCGACUAAUGUACCUGCUCCUGUCAGCCAACCUAUGCCUGCUCCUGUCAGCCAACCUAUGCCACUUCUGGGUACUCAAGGAGUUGCACCACCACCUGCUCCCGUGGUUGGAUUACAGACCCCCUCUACUGGACUCCUUGGGGCACGGCCUGGUUUAAUACCACUCCAGCGACCUCCUGGAAUACCACCACCACCUCUGCAACGCUUUCCCUUGAUGCCACCACGGCAUAUGCCUCCCCAUAUGUUACACAGAGGUCCACCCCCUGGGCCAGGGGGCUUUGGCAUGCCUCCCCCUCAUGGAAUGAAAAACCCGUUUCCACCACCUGGCCCCUUUGUUAGGCCGGGCGGAGGGAUGUCAGGAAGUGGAGGAUCAGGUGGACCUGAGGAUAAUAGAGAUGGAAGGCAGUUUAGGAAUGAUAGGCAGACAUUCGGUUCUAAUAGAGACCAGGAAAGGUAUGGAAGGAGGUCUUUUGGAAAUCGGGUAGAAAAUGAUCGUGAGCGCUAUGGUAACCGCAAUGAUGACAGGGAUCAUGAGCGACUUGGUAAUCGUGAAAGGAGAGAAUGGGGAAGAAGAAGCCCUGAACGCGAUAGACACAGAGACUUAGAAGACAGAAAUCGACGGUCCAGUGGACACCGAGACAGAGAGAGAGAUUCUAGAGAUAGGGAAUCUCGUAGAGACAAGGAAGAAAAUCGAGGAAAGGAGAAACCUGAGCUGACAGACAGGGCAGAUGGUGACAACAACCAUGAAUCUCACAGUGGCAAAGUGGAAAAUGCAGACAUUGUUUCAGAACUUACUACAGGAGCGUCUGAACCCACAGGUGUAAAACCUAAUGAAGUGUUAACAUCUGAGGCUACCUCAUCUGUUGAACAAGCUGCAAAGGAUAUUGGCUCAGUUGUAGAGGCUCCUCGUUAGAGACUGGAAUUUGUCAAAACAUGACAGUGACAUUUAUUGGAGUGUAGAGCUUUAGAGUUGUACAUUAUGCUGUAUUAUAUUUGCUUCUGCUAUAUCACAGCCCCUCAGUAGUUGGUGGGAAAUUGUAAGCAAUUUGAUUGCUUCCCUUCUAUUUAAAAUAGCCACAACAUAACACAAAGAUACUGAAGAUAUGAAUAAAAUAUUACCCAUUUUUGCUGUAACUUUUUUAAAGUUUUGACUUUAAAAAGUUUACAAAUCAGAAGUAGAAGUGCUUUCUAUUAUUUUUUUUUAAUUUAAGAAAAGGUAACGGUGAAAGCUCCUCAAAACAAUAGGGAUGUGUUUUUAAUAAACUCUAUUUUCGUAACAAACUUUAACGUGUGCUAUUCUUCCUACACUGCACUGAAGUGGAAAAGGAUUGUUCAACAUCUUAAAGUUUGAACUGUUAAUGCUGUACUGGAGUCUAAAUUAGACUGUUUUGUUUAUAUUUGUUAAAAGAAAUACAUCUGUUUGUGUAGCUAUUCACAGAAGCAAAUUUUUAUUUGUAACAUGUUAUUUUGAUUUUAGAUUGCUGCAUUUUAAUGAUCUACUUGACCAUACUAGGUAAAGUUAGUGGUUUUAAAACGUUGUUUGAAGAGGUAAUUGUUUAGUGUUUGCAUUGCAAUCAAGGUUUUACUUUUUCCUCCAAUUGGUUCUGUGGUAAAUGUUGCCCUAAUUAACCUUUUAAAAAAAUGGAUGAAAGUGGACACCCUCAGACAUAUUUUGUCUGCUCUGCUUGUAAUGUUAUAAGAUUAUUGUGUGUGAUGGGCUGGGGAAGCACACCAGUUCAGCAUCUUUUGUACUUGUAAUUCAUUGAUGCUUUUUGGAAAGUGGGUUGGGAAAAAAAAUCAAAGACACCAAAUCACCAAUUUUAAAAUGCUAACCUAUUUUUUUUAAGUGGGGAUGAGAAGAGGGGAAUAUUAAAAGGAUUUUAAAAUGCUGCCUGUUCCUUCA